AUGACUCUCGAGAAAGCAAAUACUGGCGAGGUUGCCCGCGUCGCGCCGGCUGGAACUGUGCUGAUUGCUGGAGGCGGCCCAGUUGGGCUCAUCCUGGCCCGCGUCUUAUCUUUCUACGGAGUCAAGUCUAUACUCUUUGAGCGCAACAAAACCACCACGAGCUGGCCCAAGAUGGAUUUGACCAAUGCAAGAUCCAUGGAACUGUUCCGCAAGCUUGAGUUGGCAAAUGACUUGCGCAAGCAGGGUGUUCCCGGCCACAUCAACCAGAAUGUACUCAUUUCGACAGGCCUAUCCGCCCCUUCUUGUAUAACCUCGUGGGAGCUGCCCGGGGUUGACGAAUUCCGCAAACGCAUACUGGCGAACAACGACGGCACGCAGCCACUUGAGCCUUGGCAGCGAGUCUCUCAGGCCAUUUUCGAGAAAUGGCUGAAGGCGAAAUGCGACGAGGAUCCCCUUGUAGACCUCCACUAUGGCUGCAAGGUGGAAUCUGUAGAGGGGGUUGAUGACGGUGUUCUCACUAGAAUCACCGAGGUAGAUACCGGUAUCAGAACGCUUUGGAGAUCAGACUACGUGGCCGGCUGCGAUGGUGCAUCGAGCAGGGUACGCAAGUCGCUUCAUAUGCCCUUGGAUAUUAAUCCAGUUCCAACGUGCGCCUUACUUGUUCACUUUAAAUCCCGCGACCUGACCCGACUCCACCGACAAGGGCGUUUCUGGCAUAUUUUCUUUCUGGGGGAGUCCGGCGGCUUCGAGGCAUGCAUUAUUUCGCAGGACGAAGAGGAUACGUGGACGACUCAUCUUUUCAUGCCACUGGACUCCGAACUGGACAAGAUGGAUGCCAAACAGGCAGUGUAUAAGGUUCUCGGUGGUCUUCAUGGCGACUAUCCCAUUGAGAUCGACGAGAUUCUUGUCCGCUCAGUAUGGAGGCCGAACAUCGCCGUCGCGCGGACCUGGUCAAGCCCAAACUUUCGUGUCUUCAUCGCCGGUGAUGCAGCGCAUCAGAAUAUCCCAACGGGCGGCUACGGUAUGAACACGGGCAUCGGCGACGCUUUCGAUCUUGGUUGGAAACUUGCGGCUGUGGUCAAUGGUCAAGCUGGGCCUGGACUCCUAAGAUCCUAUGAACAGGAGCGCAAGCCAGUCGCGAUUCGGAAUAUGAGCCACUCAGGUGUCCAUUUCCAGGUCCACAAUCAGCUAAAGGAGAUCUUGGCCGGAGGAGACCCACGUCGCGUUGAUGAAGACACCCAAGAAGGGAGUGAGCUCCGGCGUCGCAUCCAUGAGUACUACCAGGAAAACGACGGAGAGAACAAGGACUUCGGAAUCGAGAUGGACUAUAGAUAUACGUCUCCAGUUAUCCUUCGCGGAGACGCCGAUGGGGCUGAGCCGCCUUGGACCGCACGUCACUAUACUCCAUCUACCUGGCCAGGGAGCCGGCCGCCACACAUCUUCCUCUCGAAUGGCGAAGCCAUCUUCGAUUUGUUUGGUGCCCAUUGGACCUUACUGGUCUUUACUGAGGAGGACGUAGGGCAAAACCUGCUCUCGGCUACCGCGAAACAAUUGUCUAUCCCGGUGAAAGUGGUGAACCUCGCUCAUGAGCUGCUGGCCAAACAACUGUACGGACGCAAUUUAGUCCUCAUUCGGCCAGACCAGCACGUGGCAUGGAGAGGUGACUCCCUCGAGUCAGAGAAGAUCGCCGACCAAGUACUGCAGACGGUGACGGGGAGAGUAAAGCUGGGUCCAGUAGGAUUCGGUAGCAAUGGCGACAUGAAAGAUGUCUCAUUCAAACCAAAGGCCCUCAAGUCAAACGCCGAGGAAGCUCGCACCCACGACUUGACGGCGGCGGCCUUUUAG